UCAGCAGAAGCUGGUUAAAAUGUUUUGAUGAAGACAUUAACUUUUACAUUGGGGUUGGGUUUUUUCCCUCCAGUAACUGAAUCUUUCAUUUUUUUCUUAAGAGAACAAGCAUCUUGGGCUCUGCUUCUGGGUCAGGUCAGGGUAUCGGCAUCACUUUAACUUCAGUUUAUAGCGUUGUGCAUUAUAAAUAGAUAACACCUUCCCACCAAAACACCCAGCAAAGGAACACUGGACAGUGAAUUGAAAGACCAGUCCUGUCCCUAAUGAGUGAAAGCUGGCCUCAUUUCAUUGAUUAGCUAAUUGCUAUCACAGGGGUAGCAGGGCAGUAUAUGAGUGAGUGGGCUCCCAGGCUGGUUCUUUUGCUGCAGGGAUGUGUUUUGGAGAGGGGCUGGGAAAGUCGGUGAUCCCACAUUUAUGUUGCCUGGGGGGUUACUUUAGGGAGAGAGAGGUUUUCUUUAUAUCAUUUGGGCUCAUUUUGAUGUUGUGUCUCUGAUAAACCUCUGCCAUGAAGCCUUUACCUUCCCUGAUGCUUUUGGCCCUGCUCCUGGUACCUUGGGCCUGGGGGCUGGCUGCUGGCAGGCAGGUUCCUGGGGCGAUGCUGAGGUCCCCCUGUAAUGCUGCUGGUGCUGUCCGAGGGGUAUGUGGAUCCCCCCGGGAAUAUCAGAAGGCUAAACCAGGGUCAGAGUCUCCUUGGAUAUUGACAUAUGUGCCUAUAAGGAGCUGCCACAGCGUCCUGAAGGGCAAGUAUGGGGAGUUUUCUCCUCCAGUGUACCAUGCUGAUUCCCCCAUAAACUUUUGGUGCAACUGGACAAUCUGGGCAGGCACCAGACAGCAUAUAAUAAUUUAUAUUCAGGGCUUUGUCUCUGAGGAGAGUUGCAACAGAAAUGAGGACAAAAUCCUAUUUGAAGGCGUUUCUUCACUGGUGGCAAACGGCGUGGUUUAUGCUUGCUGGAAAAAGGAGACGCAUGCUUUUGCCACCUUUGCCCAGGCUGUCCAUGUCGUGCUGCUGAAGAGGCACUUGCCAAACCACAGAGAUGUGCAAUUUAAAGCGAAGUACUACAUCUUCCAAGACCAGGAAGGUGAAUCCUCCUCUAAAGAUGAUGUGAUUUCUGAAUCUCCUGCUCCAAAGCUUCCAAAGGAAGAUAAUGUUUUUCAGUCUGGCCUGCCUGAAAACCUGAGGGAUGCACUGGGCUCUAGAACCACGCAUAGCACCAUGAGCCUUGUCAAGACCACCGUGCUAAGCAGUGAAUUGAUGCCCGGAAGAGGGAUCACUUUGGAUGCUACAGCUGUGGGAAGUCUGAGAUGCUGCAAGGAAGCUCAAGGCAGAGGAACACCUGAGGGCAUUGUCCCCACUGCAGCACAGGAUACCUGGGGGCAGAGUCUCUCUGUGAGCGGGGACAUCACCAUGGGGUUUGAUUAUACCCACAGGCCUUCAAGCAUGCUUUUGGAAACAACUUUGCUUGGUGCCUUGCAGGUAAAGGAGCCUUUUCUGCAGCCAGCAGGUGUGGGUCUGGAGAGCAGGCAGUCUGCCCUGCACCCUACCCUGGGGCCAAAAGAUGUGGGAGACCUACAGUUUACUAUUAAGCCAACAUGUACGGGCUUGGCUGCCCUCUCACAGUCUUUGUCCCCUGGCAGAAGAGAAAGCAAAGAUAGCACAGAUACCACCAUGUACCGACGGGUCAGUGCAGUCAGCUUAGAGAAGGCUGAAAGCCAUCCUCAGUUGAGUGUCCCAACUGAUGGCGCUGUGAGCAGUGAUGCUGAUGGCCUUGCAAAGGGCCUGAUGCCCAGUCUGAGUAGCCCAUAUGAAGUGGUGAACAGGGACCACUCACAUCUGCUACCUGAGAGAAGCCAAGGAUGCCAAAGCAGUUUAAGGGGCUUGUCCAUGACCCAAUCUGUGCUAGGAACAGCUGGCCUCCAACAUACAAAACAUGUGGAUAUUUCUCCCCUGGAAAGUUUUAGGGCAAUUGUCAGGGAGGAAACAGCACUGCACCCCACAGUACCAUGGGAUAUCCUGCAAGAGCAUCCUCAUCUGCAUGGCCAGAGCAGUCACAUCCUGAAGACGUCCCCUACAGACCCUGGGAGCCUCCUCCAAAAUGCCCAAGCACACAUUGGUCCCGCUGCUGAGAAAGCUCAUGUGUCCUCCUUUGCUGUACAAAGCUGCCACCACCAAAGUGACAGAGCUGCACAGCCAGGGCUGGCUGUACCCCAUUUGCCAACGGGGCUGGAGCAUUCUCCCACAGCCAUGUCCACCAUAGGGACAGAAGCAACCCCUGUGCUGGUGUUCUCCUGCACAGCUCCAGUCCUUGCAGACUUUGGCUCUACUGAUUUAAUUCCUGAAGUUCCUUUUGCUCCAGAGCCUGUGUCCAAGCUGCUCUUCUCUCCACCAACUGCUUUGCAUUCGGACCCUGUCAGUCUCAGGCAAAGGGUGGGCAUCUCGCAGGCUAGCCCAGGAGAACAGGAGAUGCUCUCCCCUUCACCACCUCACCACCCACCAGUAGCCUCCGAACUGGGCACAGACGAGUCCAGCAGGCACCUCAGCCCUGGAAUGCCAAAGCUGGUGCUGGGGGAGGCGGGUGGCCAGCAAGCAGAAACUUCAGCUUCUAUGGCCUUGAUGGACAGGGGUCCUUCCCCAGCCUCCAUCACUGUCCCAAGGCCUGAUGUGGGGCUUCCUCAGCCUGAGGACCAUGCGAGCAGCGGCUAUGGGGUGGCACCAGCUUCCCUACCUGCUGCCUGGGAAGCAAGGAGAUCAGAGAACGUGGUGCCUGUGCAUUGUCAGGGCCAGGGCAUGGCUGGUAAUGACAAACUGGCUUCUGCCUCCAUCCUCAGGGGAGUUAAAAUGCAGAAAACCAUAGAAGCUCCUCAAGGGCAUGCAGAGGAGGGGAGAAAUGCCUCCUCCAGCACCACUCCUGCACACCCUGCUCCUUCCGUAGCCCCGAGGGGAGAGACACUGUCAAGAGGCCAAAAGCCACAGGAGCCCUCCGAUGCAUCUGGAAACAGUCAGAUGCCAGGAGGACAGCAAGAGAAACAUGCUGAGCUUGGACCUCCCUGGACAAUGGAGUACUUCCCCAUCAGGAGCUGCCACCUUGUCUUUCAGAACAGGUCUGGGAUGUUCUACCUGCCGCUGCAUUCUGACAUUAAAACCAACAUCUGGUGUAACUGGACCAUCUGGGCAGGCCCCCAGAAGCACAUUGUCAUCUAUGUCCAGGGGUUCCAUGGGAGUGAUGGCUGCGGCAAGAACCAUGACAAGAUCAUCUUCCAGGGCAUCUCAUCGAGUGUGGAAACCAAAGUGGUGUAUGCCUGUCAAAGCCGAGGCACCCUGAUCUUUGCUACGCAAGCUGCUGCAGUCCAUGUGCUGUUUCUGUCAGGGAGUGGUUCCCCAAGGCAUGAAUACAGAUCUUUUAAAGGACAGUAUUAUGUGUUCAGAGACUCUGAAACCAUGGGCUCGUCAAAUGAUGCCAUAGCUACCAGAGAGCCCAUCCAGGAGACCUCUAAGAAAGAGGGCUGGAAGACAGCAGUGACAAAAGGUCGAUUGCCCAUGCUGAGAGCCUCUGCAAGCCCAUCAGCUAUACCUGGUGGUGGCAGGACCCAGCCUGAGCUUGUGAGCACAGAUGGAGAGACCCAACACUCUCCUGUUCUUAUGGAAGAUGCUCAGUAUGGUGCUAACCUCAGUGAGUAUGAUCAGCUGUGGGAUGAAACCAAGCUGCAAAGGAGCCUUGAGGAUAGCGGCACUGUGGGCAGAGAAACUGAAGCUGACAUGCUGGUGGAGCAAGCUCCAUCUGGGCAAGGUGCUGGGUGUAAAGCUGAGCCAUCUGCUUUGGAGGCUGCAAAGGGGGAUGUAGAGUUGGUGUCUGCUCCAGUCACCACAGCAGGUGCCCCUUCCUCAGAGGUGCCCAGCAGCAGUGCAGGUCUCCUUGCCAAACCAUCUAGUCUGGAUCAGGCCAGCAGCAGCCUGUCAGAUGGAGUGGCUGCUGCUGCACAUCUCACACAGACACCAGUGCUGGAAGAGCCACUGCUAAACACAAGUACAAAACCUCCUCUCUACCCCUCUCCUGGUGUGAAUGCUGGAGAUACGGUGUCUCUGGGAGAAAGCACGGAAGAGUUCUUUGAUCUGGCUUCUGCCCUGGCAUCUCUGGAGAACAGCACAGCACUGCAAUCCCAGCACCAUCCCGGAGAUGUGCUGUUUGAAGUAACUAUUGAAAUCAAACCCAAGGACUGGAUUCCUCAUGGUGGAAGUGAGCUCCAAAAGGGUCUUCUUGAACCUAUGAAGAGCUAUAUCCAGGAGAACCUGAAACUUCCUGCCAACAGAGUCAAUGAACUAAAGCUAAAGGAAAUCAAAAGGACAAGCGAUGCCAACCUGCUGCUCACCUUCUGGCUGCAUCUGAAGCCAGAGGACAGGAACAUGUCUCUGCUCCUACACUCCCAGCUGGAGGACCUACUUGGCUCCUCAGCAGGAGCAGAGAAUCUGCACCUUGUUUCACUGUUCGUUGAAGAUGUGAAUGAGUGCAGUGCUGGGGUUGGACUCUGCGGGGAGGAGGCAGAGUGCUUCAAUGGUGUGGGCACGUACCUCUGCCGCUGCAAGAAGGACUAUGAAGAUCAUUCCCCCACCAAGUCUGGCACCCUCUGCGUCCCUGCUGCACAAUCAGGGAUCAGUUUCUUCCUCCGCCAUGGCGACAUCCUGGUGGGUGCAGCCAUCACGGCUGCCCUGUCGAUGCUGGUGGCUGCAGGUGUCCUGUGCAGGACAGCCAUGCGGGGCCGGCACCCCAGGAGGAGCCUGAGCCCUGAGGAGCCCCCAGCGAGGGCUGCAGAGGAGCCGGUGAUGGAGCUGCAUGAUCUGGGGCAGUGCCUGCGCCUUGACCCCUUCCAGCUGAAGCUGCGGGCCAGGCCCCCUGAAUGGCUCUGGGCUGCCCGGGUCCACCCUGCCCAGGAGUACCAGGUGUUCCUGGAGCAGUCCCCCCAGCUCUGAGGGGGUCCCGGGGCUCCCUCAAACCCCCUUAUGGCCCUGGUGACCUGUGCUGUCACUCCUGCCUUCCCCAGCUGACACAAGCCACUGGCUGUGUGAAUGAGCCCUUCUGGUGUGUUUUAUGGACCAUAAAUGUCCCAUCACAGUCUUCCUUGUCUUGUGGUUUAAUUUUUAAUACUCACCUAGCUUGGAGAACAAAGUGCGUGUUCCACACUGCUGUGCAUCUUCUCCUGACUUAGCCUGUAUGAGAGCGGUGCAGAGCUGUCAGCACACGGAAAUUAAACACUUUUUUAAGGAAAAAAAAAGGCAAAUGAGAUAUUUUCGUGUUUAGUUUAAGAGAUUAAAAGUUAUUUUGCAUCUG